AUGUACAUUUUUAAUGACAGAUCACCUUAUUUGCUUUUGUUUUUUACUCAGGAGACCUUAAAGCGUGCUCUGGAUCUAAUACCAAUUCUGCGAUCAACUGUGAUAAACUCGCACGAAUUCGACGUACCGACCUUGGAAGAGGACUCACUAGAUCCUGCUGUCUGCAGGCUUCGAUGGUUUCUGCUACCAAGCGAGGCGGUAGCCCAUAUUCGUGGAGAAAAACCCAUGGUAGAUUCAAGUCCCACUUUAAAGACAAGCCUAUGCUCCCCAUGGCAGCCAGGCAAUAUAGAGCGCUGCUUUUGUCCCGAUCUAGCGAACUCCGAACAUUUGAGAUCGCCUGGAUCCAGCCCUUAUUUGAAUGGCACCGCAUCGCGAAAACAUAUCAUACUGGCUACACGUGGUGGCUUAGGAGCUGGCGCCAAGAACUUGUCUCCUAAUGAGCGGCUGAAUGGGGCACUUGAUUGGCAGGACUCGUCUGCAGCUCAUGAGGCCUCAAUGAGGAACCAGUGCAGUGCAUCUCUGGAAGAAAGACCAUUACCGUUGCUUAAUACUCUCAAGGAUAAUAAUCUUUGGCAGCUACCACAGAAGGAGCUGUUUAAGCCCUUUCUUCAGUGA